CAGCAGCAGCAGUUUGCAGGCAGACAGCCGAGUAGCAGGCGCCGUUUCCCUUUUCUUGCACUCUUCACUCCCCAUCACCUUUCCUCAUUUGUUUCUUCCUAUCCAUCUCUCUCUAUCUCCACAAGAAUUUAAAGCACAAAGAAAAUAUAUCCCCUGAUGGAGAUUGAACCCUGUCUGCCUUUCUUUCUUUGUUUCUUUCAUCACUGCUCUGCUCUGUAUAAUUAAACCGUGAACUCCCUUUCUCUGUCUCUACUGAAAAUUCAAGAUAAUGGAGCAGGAUGAUCAUCAUCAUCAUGAGUAUUAUGCUUGUUUACCACAGUGGUUAGAAUCACUACUUGAUGAGAAGUUUUUUGUUCCAUGUUACAUUCAUGAAGAUGCAAGGAAGAACGAAAAGAAUGUGUUCUGUUUAGAUUGUUGUACUAGUGUUUGUACUCAUUGUUGUCCUUCUAUUCAUGAUUCUCAUCGGCUUUUACAAGUUAGAAGAUAUAUUUACAAAGAUGUUCUCAGGCUUGAUGAUAUUCAGAAGCUCAUUGAUUGUUCUCAUGUUCAAAGUUAUACAAGUAAUGGUGCAAAGGUUAUAUUCAUAAAUCAAAGGCCACAGUCAAGACCAUUUAGAGUUUCAGGGAAUACGUGCAGCACCUGUUACAGAAGUCUGCAAGAGAGAUAUUUUUUCUGUUCUUUGUAUUGCAAGGUUCAACAUCUAGUAAAAUUAGAAGGUGGGGUUUCAAGAUAUCUCUAUGAAUGUGAUUUCCUGCCAUUAUCAGAAGAAGAAGAAGGUAAAGAAGAAGAUGAAAUUGAUUAUGAUAAUGGUAUGAUGACUCCUGAUUCUGUUCUUGAAUCACCUCUACUUUCUUCCCGUACCCAUUCUGGUUCAAGUACUGCUAGUGCUAGUGGUGGUAAUUUGGGAAUCGAUUGCAGAACCCUUUUAAGUACUGCAACAACUGAUUUUGUGAGAAAGAAGAGGAGUAGCAAAACCGGUAAUUCAAGCUCAAACAACCAAUAUCACUGUUCAUCACCUGAAAUUGCUGCUAUGAAUCGUCGGAAGGGUAUUCCACAAAGGUCUCCUCUCUAUGGAUAAUUAUGUUUGGUUGGUAUUAUUACUCUGUUUCUUUUGUCAAUUAAUGGUUUCUUUUUGGAUGGGGGGGAAGCAAUAGAGAGAUUCAAGUAUAUUACUGCCUCCAUUCCAAUUUUGUAGAGAAGAAGAAACUUUUUUUUUUGUUUUGAGGUCCCUGUUUGAUUCAUAUUUUGCCAUUACAAUCUUUUUUCUCUCUUUCAAUUCUGUGGAUAUAGUUUGCAGAGAACAGUAAAUUCA